GGUAAAAUAUUUAGGCUAAAGCGCCAACUGCAAAAACAUAGGACAAUUCAUACAGGUGAGAAACCAUUUAGUUGCUCUGAGUGUGGUAAAAGAUUUGGUCAAAAGGAAUAUCUAAGGUCCCACAUGAGGAUUCAUACAGGAGAGAAACCUUUCACCUGCUCUGAGUGUGGGAAAAGAUAUCAUCAUCAGGCUGGAUUGCAGGCACAUAUGAGGAAUCACACGGGAGAGAAACCAUUCAUUUGCUCUGACUGUGGUAAAAGAUUUAAUCAUAAGAGCCGUCUGCAGAUACACGAAAGGAUUCACACACGAGAUCAACCAUUUACUUGCUCUGAGUGUGGUCAGAGAUUUAGUUACCAGGCCAAUCUGGUGGCACAUCUGAGAAGUCAUACAGGAGAGAAACCAUUUAGUUGCUCUGAGUGUGGUCAAAGUUUUAGCCGAAAGGAUAGUCUGCAGAUACACGUAAGACUUCAUACAGGAGAGAAACCGUUCAGUUGCAACAUAUGCAACAAAAGAUUUAGUUGGAUUUAUCAGCAAAAGAAUCAUCAUUGUGUUGGUGAGACUUCACAGCUUCCUCCGAGUCAGACUGAGGAGAACAGAGAGGACUGUGGAGGACCAGAACCAGCCAGGAACUCAGGUCCAGAUUGGCUUUACUGUGUACAAGACUGAUGACUCUUCUGUAGCUGAGACUAAAGCCUAGUUUAUGCUUCUGCGUCGCGUCGACGCCGUAGCUACGGCAAAAAAUCCUAACUAUGCGUCGCGUUGACGCGGACCGCAAGCGCUGUGAUUGGUCCGCUCAGAACGUAAGUUCCCGCAGUGUCUUUUUCCGGUCUUUCUUCCUCGUCGUAAAAACUACCUCUGCAAACUUCUUCUCUGUCGCCCGCGCUUCAACAUUUGCAAUAUAAGCAUUUGUUCUUCAAUAUUAAUGAGCUCAAACAACAAAAACAGCUGCUCCACCUCGGUCGCCAUUGUUUACUGUUGUUUACUUUACRGAAGAAAAAGCGAGGAUUCGGCUAUAACCACACAAACACACAGCCACACCCCCCUAGCGGCAUGGCGGUGAAUUGCAGAGCAACGCGUUCCUUCGACGCAGAACUUCGAAUGCUCAACGACUGCAUAAACGAAGCAUAAACUAGGCUUAAGAAAGUGAAGUUGGUUAGAAGUAGACAAUGGAACCACAGUCUGGUUUAAACACAGACACUUACAAACUUCCUGAAAGUGUUAAGAGAUUCUUCGUCCUACAAAAUGUAUCAACACAACAAAGUGGUGCCCUGUGUGAGGCUGGAUACGGUUGAUACCUGUUUGCGGUUGUGCAAUAUUCACCUUCUGGGUCAUUGUCUCGAAUUUUCCAUGUCUUCUUAAAUUAGCCUCUUACAGACAUUUACUAGCAUGAUAGCUUUGUGUUUUGGUUUUCACAACAAUCUUAGCUUUGUCUACACUGAGGUUUAAAUCUGACCCAGAGCAUCGUGUACAGAGAGAAAUAUUGCACUGUGGUUUUUGAAUUUCUUUAUAUCUCUUGUGAAAAUACAUCUCAACUUGUGUUGAUGAAUUGUUUUGAUGCUUGAAGUCU